AAUAACUGUGGAAAGCAUAUUAUGGAAAUAAACAAAUGCAAAAUUGAUAUUGCAAAAAGAAAACAGAAUCCUGGUCCUGUAAAUUGGGAAGUAGUAAGCAAAUGGAUAGAAUUUGAUAGCUCAUACGAAAAAAAAGAUAUUGUAAAUAAUGAGGAAGAUAACGUGGCAAAACCUAAGCCCACUUUCAGUUAUGAACUUCUACUGAGAUAUUCAAGAUUGCGAGUUUUAAAUGCUUUGGAGAUUUCAUACUAUCAACAAUACGAAAAAGGAUUGUGUACUUCGGCAGUUCUGAUUACACUUCAGAAUUUAGUUAGUCAUACAAGAAACAUGUCAAAAACUCAAACGAUAAAAGUGGAAAGUAUACUUAAUCUUUUUGACAAAAAGCAAUUUAUCAGAGGAAUAUUAUUAUGUCUAUUCGAUUUACUUGAUAUGGAUAGAAAAUUACGUAAGCCAACAAAUCUUUGGGGGGCCUUUCUUUACACAGUCAAGAGAUCAUGUACAUUUAAAUUUAUUUGCAUGGUUGUGGACAUUUAUUUAUUCUUCCAUCUUAUAUUUAUUAGCUCUCAACUUUAUGUGACUUUACUAACAUCAAUUUUUAUUGGAACGAUAGAUAUUUUCUUAAGUUUUACGGCUUCAAGUAGAUAUGGGUAUAUGGAUGCGAUAAAAAGAAACCUUAUGUCGUUUACCCUUUUUAACAUUAUUGUUUGGAUGAUUUCAAUAUUAAAAGUAACAUUGCAUAUGUGUAACAUAUUAACUUUUCAUGGUUUUUUUCGAAUAUUGUUAAUAAUAAUGAUUGUUAUUAGAGUUAGUGGAAAUAUUUGUCGAAUUGUGUUCGGAAUUCUUCCUAAUUUUGAGGAAUUUGUGCGAUAUAAAAUACGUGACAACUUAAUAUACCUCUAUAUUCUGGGACAGACUUAUAAUAGGGGAAAUGAUGAUGCAAUACAUUCUGUUGAAAAUUUUCUUGUUAAAGAUCCUAGAAUCGAAAGAUCACUAAUUAAACAUUUAAAUAGACAUAAGCAAGAAGUUACGGAAAAACUGGCCUUAUUAAUCAAACAACAUCCUUGGGUUUUAGUAACAGUGAGAACUAAAUAUGUUAUGUAUAAGACGUUGCUAAACACAAAGAGAAAUAUUGAAGAAAUGAAGGAUACUGGAAGAAUCGAUGAAUCGGAAUAUUAUAAAUUAAUGCACUCGUAUGAAGAUCGAUUGCUGUUCUUAAAUAAAUUUCAGAAAAAAGUUUCUCCACAAACGGCAGAAGAAGUAUUUAGUAAGGUGUCUUGGUUAAAAAUUUUGGAUUCUAAUACAAAAAAUUAUUUAUUGAAAAAUGUUGAAAUUCAAUUCUAUCUACCACUGGAUGUUAUAUACUCUGAAGGAGAUAAGCCCAUUGGAGUUUACAUUAUUGCUUUAGGUAAUGUUCGAGUUAUAUAUACUCCAAACUCAGAAUUAUUAGAAGCAUUAAAUAUGCAUGGAGAGUUACCGAUUGUAGAAUUAACAUCAAAUAUGAGUUUUGCAACAAAUUCUGAACAUCUUUUAAUGAAAGAUUUUUCUUUUGGGGAGAUGGGUGUUUUAACUGGACGACAUUAUAACUCAAAAGUAAUGGUGGAAACUCCGUGUAUGUGCUAUUUUUUACCUCUAGAUUGUUUUCUUACAAUUUUUGAGAACAGUCCGAGCCCUUAUAAUAAUCUGGAAGCUGCUAUGUGGAAACAUGCGGCAACUAUGAUUGCUUAUCAAUUACUGAUGGAGAGUCGAGCAUUUAACUCAACUAAAGAAGAAAUAUUGGAACUGGUUGAUAGAGCUUUUAUUCCCAAUUUAAAGAACUACAAAAUUUUUGUAGUUCAUAGUGAUAUAGAAGAACUUUUAUUAAUUGAAGGUAUAAUUUUAGAUAUCCGACGGAAUAAAAUGUAUGUCGCCCCUUGUUAUAUUCCUAGAAAUGUAGAAAAAAUUGCUUUAUCCAAAAGUCAUCUUUUGAGGCAUGUUUCUAAUAUUUUCACUAAAAUGAUGAUUAUACCUGCCAGAGAUAUAAAACAAGCAGAUCUUAUGAAAUCUGAAGAACGUAUUUCAGAAAUUUGGAGUAGAACUUCUGGAAGAUAUUUAUAUCAAAGUUUAACCCAUAUUAUUGAGUCGCCAGAAGAUAUAGACAUAAAUGAUUUAGAAGAACAAGUAAAAGAAGAUGUUGACGAAUACAAUUUGCCUGGUACCAAACGUACACCUUGGAAACUUAGAAAGAGUAAAUAUUAUAGAGAUAUGAGACUUUCCAAGAUUAAGGAAAAAUAUAAAUAUGAGGAAAAUUAGACAAACAUUUUUUUAUAAAGCUUCAAUAAAAGUGAAUAAAU